CAAUGUGGGCGGAAGCGCGUUCGGUCCUCCCCUGGCUGCACCGUUGCUGAGGGGAGGAGGAGGAGGGGCCUCCAUCUUUAUUUCUUUGUUUCAAAUCGCGUAAACUCGCCGUUUGGCCGUUCAUUCCAUGUGUGUGUCGGUGGCUUUCCGGGCGGGCCGCCCCUGGUGAUCCCUGGAGCGGGUGUGAGCGCUGUCUUGGUGGACGGGGAAGGCCUCGGGUGGUGGUGGCGGCGGCGGCAGGAGGAGGCGGACACCGGGAGAAUGAAGCGGCGGAAUGCGGACUGCAGUAAACUCCGGCGCCCGUUAAAACGGAACCGAAUUACGGAUGGCAUCUACGGGAGCACCUUCCUGUAUCUGAAGUUCUUGGUCGUCUGGGCUCUGGUAUUACUGGCCGACUUUGUGCUAGAGUUCAGAUUCGAGUACCUGUGGCCAUUUUGGCUGUUCAUCAGAAGUGUAUACGAUUCAUUCAGAUACCAAGGCUUGGCCUUCUCAGUAUUUUUUGUGUGUGUAGCAUUCACGUCGGAUAUAAUAUGUCUCUUAUUUAUACCAGUGCAAUGGCUGUUUUUUGCAGCCAGUACCUAUGUAUGGGUGCAGUAUGUAUGGCACACAGAAAGAGGAGUUUGUUUACCUACAGUGUCGCUGUGGAUACUGUUUGUAUAUAUUGAAGCAGCAAUUAGGUUUAAAGACCUGAAGAAUUUUCAUGUAGAUCUGUGUCGUCCCUUUGCUGCACACUGUAUUGGGUAUCCUGUGGUCACUUUAGGCUUCGGCUUCAAAAGCUAUGUCAGUUAUAAGAUGCGGUUAAGAAAACAGAAAGAGGUACAGAAAGAAAAUGAGUUUUACAUGCAGCUUCUACAGCAGGCACUACCCCCAGAACAGCAGAUGUUACAGAGACAAGAAAGGGAAGCAGAAGAAGCUGCCAAGGGUUUAUCUGAAAUGGAUUCUUCAAUACUGUUACAGCACAACGGACUCUCAACAAGUAAAAAAAAUUCUAGCACCUUACCGGAGCUGGAGUAUAAAGAAAAGGGCAAAGAUAAAGAUGUAAAAAGACAUAAUUUGGGGAUUAACAAUAAUAUCUUGCAGCCCACAGACUCCAAAGUUCAGGAGAUUGAAUAUAUGGAGAAUCAUAUCAACAGUAAAAGAUUGAACAAUGAUUUGGGGAGCACAGAAAACCUCUUGAAAGAGGACACGUGCACCACCUCAUCUAAAAACUACAAGAACACCACAGGGACAGCAAACUCAUCUCCUCGGAGCCACAAUGCAUCCAAUGGGAGUAUCCCUACAUCAUCGUCCAAUAAGAAUGACAAAAAGAAAUGCACUAGUAAAAGUCCAACUACGCACAAGGAUCCUAUGGAAAAUUGUAUCCCAAACAACCAGCUUAGCAAACCAGAUACAUUAGUAAGGCUGGAACAAGAUGUAAAGAAGUUAAAAGCAGAUUUGCAGGGCAGCAGGCAGAUUGAACAGGAUCUGCGCAGUCAAAUCAGUGUACUCACAAGCACAGAGCGGGGAAUUCGAAAUGAAAUAGGGCAGCUCAGACAGGAGAAUGAGCUGCUACAAAAUAAAUUGCAUAGCGCAGUUCAGAUGAAACAGAAAGACAAGCAGACGAUCAGUCAGCUAGAGAAGAAGCUAAAGGCAGAGCAAGAAGCUCGAGCGUUUGUAGAGAAGCAGCUUAUGGAGGAGAAGAAAAGAAAGAAAUUAGAAGAAGCCACAGCAGCCAGAGCAGUUGCCUUUGCUGCAGCAAACAGAGGUGAAUGCACAGAAACAUUAAGAAGUCGGAUCAGAGAUCUGGAGAGUGAAUGUAAAAAGCUGUCAAUAGACAUGAAAGUUAAAGAAGACCAGAUAAGGGAUUUGGAACUAAAAGUUCAGGAGCUACGAAAGUACAAGGAAAAUGAAAAAGAUACAGAGGUGUUAAUGUCUGCACUUUCAGCCAUGCAGGAUAAAACACAGCACUUAGAAAACAGCCUUAGUGCAGAAACAAGAAUCAAGUUGGAUUUGUUCUCCGCACUAGGUGAUGCAAAAAGACAGCUGGAGAUUGCCCAAGGUCAAAUACUUCAGAAAGAUCAAGAAAUUAAAGACCUUAAACAGAAGAUUGCAGAAGUAAUGGCUGUAAUGCCCAGCAUUGCUUACACUGCAGGGACAAGUACCCUAAGCCCUGUUUCCCCACACUAUUCUUCCAAAUUUGUGGAAACUAGCUCAUCUGGGCUGGACCCUAAUGCAUCAGUUUACCAGCCACUCAAGAAAUGAAUGCCAGCUGCCAUCAAUCCACUCAGUCCCCCAUGAGUUUUGUCUGAUUGGAGUCAACAUGCAAAAGCAUCUGUUGCAAUUAAAGAUGGAAUUGUAUUACAAGAACUGCAUUUGUUGUACCUUAAACUGAAAAAAACAAAGCUGAUAACAUCAUGUUGUGAUAGGAUGAGCGCAGUGUUUUUUUUUUCCAUUUUUUUUUUUUUAAUAAACCUCACAGAAUUUUGCAGUUCAUCAUAUAGUUGGCUACACAUGAUUCACAUGAGUUUUAAUUCAUUACCAUAUUUUUAUUAUACAUCUGUGUUUGCAGUCAUUUUGGUUACCGAAGGAAUUGAUAAACCACAUCAAACAUA